AUGAAUGAGGAAAAAGAAAACAAUAAAAAAGACGAACGCCAGAAUUACACAGAUGAUAUUAACUACAACGAGGAGUAUGAUCAACAAAAUGAGAAGAAGGAGGAUGUAAACGACAGUACAUUUGAAGAUAUAAUACCUGAGGAGGACUAUAAAAGAAUACGCACAAAUAUAAUAAAUGAAAGUAUUCUAAUUAAUGAAAUAAAUAAAUAUAAUUCUGCCAAAGGAGAGGAUAGUACCGACAAAUUAAUUCAUACCAAAAUUUUAUCCUUGGAAAAUAGAAAAAUAUUAAUAAUACAGAACAUGAACCUUUUUAAGAGUCUCGAAGAACUGCACUUGGACAACAAUCUUAUAGAAGAACUCGAAAAUCUAGACGAGCUAGUGAACCUAAAAAUAUUGAGUGUAUCAAAUAAUAAAAUAAAAGAAAUAAAAAAUUUAAAAAAUUUAAAAAACUUAGAAGAGCUUAACUUACAUAAUAACAGAAUAAAAAAAAUAGAAAAUUUAAAUAACAAUAAAAAAUUAAAAAUAUUAAUAUUAAGUAAAAAUUAUAUUGAAGAUAUAGAAAACAUAAUAUAUUUAAGAUGUUUAAAAGAAUUAAAAUUCUUAAAUUUAGAAGAUAAUCCUAUAUGUAAUGUAGAUAAUGUAGAUAUUGUAAAUAAUAUAAAUAAUGUAACAAAUGAAGUUAAGUGUAAAUUAAAAAGUAUUAAAUAUUUUAACAAUGAAAUAUUAGCUAGCUAUAAAAAAAAAAAAGAUCAAACACAUGUUAAUACUACUACGAUGUGUGCGACAAGGAACAAUGAAUUUGAAUUCUGUUCCUUAAACAGUGCUAUAGAUAAUAAGGAAAUUUAUGAAAAAAAAAUACUUGAAGCAUUUUUAUAUGAUAUUACAAUAUUGGCCAAAUCCCUAUUUGAGGAUACAAAGGAGCCAGUUGUUCUGAGUAAAAUAUAUUACUACCCUCAGAUUAAACAAAUCUUUUUGGAGGAUCUUCACAAAAUUAGCUCAACAGUUAUAGACCAAGUACUCCUACUGAACGAGGAACGAAAGAAAUGCUCCGAAAUCUUCGAGGAUGAUGUCGAAAAUUUCAUUUCAGCAUAUAUGCUAAAUAACGUUAAAGAGUACAACACAUUAAGAAAGAGAGCAAAAAAGGUCAUACAUUCCCUACUAAGCUUUUUAAAUUGCAAGCAAGGCUUAAAAAACAUGGAGCUCAAAAAAUGCCCCGAGUUCUACAAAGAAAAGGCAGAGUCAAAUAAAAACAAAACAUUAAACGAUACAAUUGUAGAAAAGCUUCAAAACAUUUCAAAAAAUUUUCAUUUAAAUAUUUAUGAGGAUAAGGAGAUGAUCAAUGAAAGUGAUAAAAACGAACCAUCCGAUAAGUCAUUAUUUCUUUCAGAUGAAAAGCAAAGGGAAAAAGAAAAAGAUGCUCUUCUGAUUGAUGAGGACAAAUACAUAUUAAUAAAAACAUAUAUUGAAGACAAUAUAGAACAAAAUUUUCUUUUUCGUGAUAAGUUAAUAAAUGAAGAAUUAAUGAACAUAGUUUCUCUUAACAACUUCAUUGAAAAUUUCAAAAUUGACAUUUCAAAAAUUAUUAAAGUUAUAAAUGAUCAUAUUUCGGAUUAUUUCAAAAAAUUAGAAGAGCUAGAGGAAAGCUUCAGCUCCUCAAUUGUUAAUUUUUUUACAGAGGUGAAGAACAACGAGCAUCCGUCUGUCGUUUUGAGCGAAGACGAAAUAAACGAGUACUACUCGUACAAAGGAAACCGGUCUAACAUACUGAACAAUCUGGAAGACUUUAUUUCAAGCAGUUACAACAAAUCGUAUACUUUUUUAAUUGAAGAAAAAAAAAAAUAUUUAUUUUUAAAGUCUAGAGAUAGAAUAACAGAAAUAGGAAAAAUUGUGGAUACCUUUAACGAUUUGUUUUACUCCUACUUAAGCACUUUACGUGUUAAAUAA